AUAGUAUUCAACUACGAUAUGAUUAGUUCAGACUACGCUCUGUGAUUGGCUAAUGUUUUUUAUUAAUAAUUCAUAACAAAACUAUAACAAAAAUUUUUUUAAAAAGGAAAAUUAUUUCGGGAAUCCUUGAUUAAUUUGUUUUCUCAAAUUUUUGAGAUAUCUUGUAUAUCUACUAUUUUUUUUUUGAUUAAAAAUCUACAUGCUGCGACAUCUCGAAGAAUUAAAAAAAAACAAAAAAAAUGGCGAGUAUAAAGAUCAUGGAAUUUUUUAAAACUUCCAAUAGAAAAUAUAAAAUUAAUACCGUAGGAUUAAUAAUGAGAAAUGUACACGAUAUAACUUCAAAAUCUGCUAAAAAAGUUACUCAUACUGGUCAGAUAUAUGAUGAAGAUGAUUAUCGCAAUAUACGAUUUGUAAAUAGACCAAAAGAGGUUAAUGAUAAUUGGGCCAUAAAAUUGAUAGCAGAAGUUUCUCCUACAUCGGCAAAAGAAAAGAUUGUGGCAUGUGAUGGAGGUGGUGGACCUCUAGGACAUCCAAAAGUUUAUAUUAAUUUGGAUAAACCUGGUAAUCACACUUGUGGAUAUUGUGGUUUACGCUUUUAUAAAGAAGAUCAUUAAAUAAAUGCAAUAUAUAUAUAUAGUUAAAUUGUAAAUUAUUAAUUUAUUUUAUGUAUGUUUAUGGUAAUAAAUGUUAGAAAUAUGUACAUAGGA